CUGGGGGGACAGGCUCACAUCAGACGGCGUCACUGCGCUCACUUCUUCUCUCCAGCAUGCUCCUCUCGCUCUGCCUGAGCGUUUCCGUUAUCUUCUUUUCCUCUUCGGGUUUUGCCAUGGAGAUGAACCAGACCUCCAAGUUGCUGGGGGAGAGCGGAGAGCAGUGUUCAGCCUGCGACUUCCGGGAGCACAGCAAGCAGAUGAGGCUCCACAGCAUCAAGUCGCAAAUCCUCAGCAUCCUGCGCCUGGAGCAGGCGCCCAACAUCAGCCGCGAUAUGAUCCGCCAGCUGAUCCCCAAAGCGCCUCCUCUGACACAGCUGCUGGACCAGUAUGAUCCGCGGGUGGAGGACGAAGACCACGCAACCACGGAGACCAUCAUCACAAUGGCAACAACGCACAAUCCAAUCGCCCAGGACGAAUUGUCCUGUUGUCUGUUCAGCCUCAGUCCAAAGAUUCAGCCCAAAAACAUCCUGAGCGCUCAGCUGUGGGUUCACCUGCGGCCUGCUGACGUGGUUACCACCGUCUUCCUGCAGGUCUCCCGCCUCAAACCUGGCAAGGAGGGAAACAGCACCCGCGUCCGGGUUCGCUCCCUGAAAAUUGACACUGACGCUGGUGCUGGCUCCUGGCAGAGCAUCGACAUCAAGUCUCUGCUGCAGGCUUGGCUGCGUCAACCAGAAACCAACUAUGGCAUAGAAAUCAACGCCUACGACUCCAAAGGAGAAGAUCUGGCCGUUACUUCAGCAGAGCCUGGAGAGGAAGGACUGCAACCCUUCAUCGAGGUCAAGAUCCUCGACAACCUCAAGAGAUCCCGUCGUGACUCGGGUCUCAACUGUGAUGAAGAGUCUGUGGAGACACGCUGCUGUAGAUACCCACUCACCGUUGACUUUGAGGAGUUUGGGUGGGACUGGAUUAUCGCGCCCAAACGCUACCGAGCAAACUACUGCUCAGGGGAGUGUGAGUUCCUGCACCUGCAGCAGUACCCACAUGCACACCUGGUGAACAAGGCUAACCCACGGGGUACAGCUGGGCCCUGCUGCACACCCACCAAGAUGUCACCCAUUAACAUGCUCUAUUUCAACCGCAAGGAGCAGAUCAUCUAUGGAAAGAUCCACUCCAUGGUGGUUGACCACUGUGGCUGCUCUUGAGGAUAUCACGCAUCCGUGAGGGUGAAACGUCUAACAGAAAUGAUGCAAAGAUUUCAAAUAUUGCACUUUUUUUUUUCAGUUUGAUUUAGUAGUUUAAGAAAAGCAGCCAAUAAACAGGUUCCAAAGAUGCUAAAAAACAUCCAAAACAAUGAAAUAAGUCAUUUCAGUUAUUCAGUUUUGGUCUUUGUGUUCUAAUCCAAACAAAAAUUGACCAAACAGGAUGCAAACACACAUCAAAAACAAACCAACAGCGAGCCCAGAAAUACUCAAAAGCCGCACAAAUUUAUUCAUAUAAUGAUUGCUUACUUUUUAUAUAUGUAACUGCUGUGCUAUAAACCUGUAAAAACAAUUUAACACAGCAUUUAAGCAUUUUAAGCAUUUAACACACUCAGUAGAUACAGAGUAAGAAGCUCAUUCAUUUUAUGUCCGAAUGUAAAAUGAAGCAAUGCAACCAAAUUUAAAAAAA